AGCACAGAAGAAUCGUGAAGGAAACAAAGAUGGCGGGCGGUGGCGGAAAGGUGUCGUUCAAGGUGACACUCACCUCUGAUCCCAAGCUUCCCUUCAAAGUGUUUAGCGUUCCAGAGGCUGCGCCUUUCACUGCCGUUCUCAAAUUCGCUGCCAAAGAAUUCAAAGUCCCUCUUCAGACCAGCGCUAUCACCACCAACGAUGGUGUUGGCAUAAACCCCCAGCAGAGUGCAGGGAAUGUCUUUCUUAAGCAUGGAUCAGAACUGUGCCUGAUUCCCCGUGAUAGAGUUGCUGCUUCUUGCAUCUUACGGGGUGUGUGGGCGGAUAUCAAACCAUUUUAUUUAUAUAUACCUGCACUAUUGUAGUCUGAUAGUUAAAAAUAUUAAGUACCAGUGUUACUG